CGAUACGCCUCGAGUUCUCCACAUCGGUCUAUCAACUGCUUCGAUCGUUGAAUUUCCUGCCUGGCGCUCCGGCCAAGCUGCAUAGGCUAGGAUGUUCUCCUUAUCGCGGGGUUCGAGUAAACGGCAGGCGAGCUUACCUCAAGAGGACCGCAGCCGGUAUUAUGAUUUUGUCGACACCCCCAUCUUCUACAGGCCGGAAUCCCCUCUGAUUGAACGCCCAGAGUUUUCUCCAGAGACCAUGGGGAAGUUACGGUGUUCGUGCAUGCUGCUAUUCCAUCAUAUCGAGACUGGGCAGCCUUCCACGCUGUCAUAUCAGCCAGAGACGGAGACAGUCGACAGGUUCUAUGCGCAGAGACAGUCCGCUCAGGAAACAUGGGAUCGGUCACCCAACCAAAACGGUUAUUUAUUCCCCAUGGAUAACAAAGACGAAGUGUUCAAGAAAGAGAAAUAUGAUUCUGGCGUGGCACUUGGGGCCUCGUCCCCAGAUAUGAAUGAGCGCCGCAGGAGGAUUCUCAUGAUGGACGCGAGAGAACAUCGUGUGUCCAGAGCAUAUGCAGACUACCAACAGAAUGGGUCUGCUGCAGGUACUGGCGCAACUCGUCUCUAUGAAUCCGAGAGUGAUUCGGAACCCGAAGAUUAUAGCCGACUCAGCAAUGCUCGUGACGAAACGCACAACAUGGAUGAUUCCGGCUUCAUGUCCGCCAGGGAACAAUCGCCAGAGCACCUAUCUACGUCUGGCAUCGAGCAUAUGAUUGAUCAGUCACUUGCUGGUCUGGAAGGAAAGCAGGUUGACACCCUGCACCAGUCAUUUGAACCUCCAGUUUCUUUCGAUCCCAGUCUCUUAAGUACAAUUCCUCCCCAGGACACAAUGGUCCCGACAGAGGGACAAGCAGAGUCCGAAUUCGAUGACUCUGAUGUAGAUCCAUGGAUAGGCUUCAGUGGCUCCAAGCUUCCCUGCAGAGUCCCCAGCCUAUCUCGCCCAAAGUCUAUGUCGAAGCGCAGCAGAGGUGCUAGUGACAUACGGUCAGACGGGGAAAGCAAUGGACCUGCGAUGGUCAAUGGAAGUGAAGGUGUCGCAAUCAUCAUCGACGCUGAUGGGGAGAAACGUGUCAUGUCAGCGGCGGAAGAAAGACAGAGGAGACUAGACUUGCAGAAUGCAGUCAUGGAAAAGAUGUGCACAGGUGUCAUCACGGCGGAAGAGGAGAGACAACGCCAGCUACAACUCCAACGGGCGGUUGCGGAAAAGAUGACUGGUUCCAUUGGAGUGAUUACCGCUACCAGUGUUAGCGGUCACCAGGAGAAGCCUGCUGAUGGAGCUGACUAUAGCCUCUGGCCAAGCACGAAGUCCGAACAUAUACAACCAGGCCAGUAUGGCACCCGAAUGGCUAAUCAGCUGGGAGGCCCGAAGUCUCCUACGUUCUUUCCAAACAUGGAUAAAGAUACGACACACAAAAAGAAACACGGACUGAGACGCAAGUUAUCUGUCCUAGGCCUAGGAAAGAAGAAGUCUUCCGCGGUUACUGCUUCCUUCGGAUGAUAGAGAGCGUUUGCAACAGCAUUUUACACUCGAUGUCUUUUGAUAGACCAACUUCAAUUGGGGACAACAUUACUCUCGCUCUUUUCCCGGUUUUUC